GUCGUGGUCCACUUCUCCGGUCUCCGUAGAAUGAUGUUAUUCCGCUGGUUUUCUUCCGUGCCACACGAAAGAAAUGAGAGAGAUCUCACGUCUUUUGGUCCACCUUUGACUGCCCAUUCAGCGGCAGCUGCGUGUUAGUGGAAUAAGAAACGUAAAGCACCUAUACGAAAUGUAUCCCAUGCGCCCCACUCCGAUGCCCAAACCCCAACGUCUCUCUCUCUCUCUUUCUCUUCGCUUCCUUCCUCCACCUUUUUCCUCCGUCUCCUUUAUUUGCUCCGUUCCUUCCCUCCCCGGCUUUCCCUUCCUUGUCCCAUCGACUCCCUCUCCUGUGUCUUCCUAACGGAGAAGAGCUCGUACAGAAAGGAAUGGGGAGGAAAGAAGCGACGUUCGGGCAGGCGUUGCAGGUGAAAAUACCGAGCUAUUUCCGGUGCCCGAUUUCCUUGGACGUGAUGCGGUCACCGGUGAGCCUGUGCACCGGCGUAACCUACGACCGCGCCUCCAUCCAACGGUGGCUGGAUUCCGGUAACACCACGUGUCCCGCCACGAUGCUCCCCCUCCCCUCCACCGACCUCGUUCCCAACCUCACCCUCCAGCGCCUCAUCAGCCUCUGGUCCUCCGCCUACGCCUCCUGCUCCCCCUCUUCCGCCGUCGGCGACGCCCCUGUUGCCGGGGAGAUCCUCCGUGACCUUCGCUUCUCCGCCUCCGGCGGCGAUCCCAUCCCACCGCUCCGCAAGCUCGCCGAGUUCUUGUCAUCCGACGAAGUAGACGAGUUCGACAAGAACAACCUCGUCAAUGCCGGUGGCUGCGCCUCCGUGGUCGUCUCCGUUCUCCACGGGGAUGCCGUGUCGGAGGCCAAGGAGGCGGCGAUCACGGUUCUUAUCGUGAUCCUCACCCUCGAUUCCAUCGAAGAGGGCAACAAGAAGAUCACGAUCUCUGAGCUCACCUCCGACGUCAGGCGAUCGGUUUCCGCUCUGACACGAGUUCUGAGAGGCGGCAGCAGCUUGGAAUCACGGAUCGACGCGGCCCGGGUUCUCCAUUCGAUCCUCGCCGCCGCCGAUGCGGAAUGCAAGUUCAGGAUUUCCGAGGAGGAGCUGGUCCAGCAGCUGAUCCGGCUGAUCGGGCCGUCGGACGAGAAGGGGACGGCGAUGGACCAGCGGGCGAUCGAGGCAGGGCUGGCGUGCAUGGUGGGGCUCUCCGCGUCGAGGCGGAUCAUGCCGUUGAUGGUCCGGAUGGGGGUGGUGGCGGCAGUAACCCGCGUGCUAGGGGCCGAGUCGCCGGCCGCGACGGUGGAGAAGGCGCUGCGGGUGAUGGAGGCGGCGUCGGGAUGCGCCGAGGGACGGGCGUCGAUCUGCGAGGACGGUGCAGCGGCGGCGAUGGCGGUGGUGCGGAGGAUGGUGAAAGCGGGGAAGGCGGGGGCGGAGGCCGCGGUGGCGGUGCUGUGGAGGGUGUGCCACCGGUUCCGGGACCGGCGAGCGGUGGAGGCAGUGGCUGCGGCGGAAGGGGUGGUGACGAAGCUGCUCCUCCUGAUGCAGAGCGGCUGCUCGCCGGCGGCGAGGCAGAUGGCGGCGGAUUUGCUUAAGAUCUUCAGGGUGAGCUCGAAAAGCUGCAUCACGGGAUACGACACCAAAACCACCCACAUCAUGCCAUUUUGAUCGACACCAAAACGAAGAAGAAAUCUCCGAGUUAAAAAGGAAGAAUUUUGCUGUACAUGGCUAGGAAAUUUUGGUACAUGCAUUGAGAUAAUAAGAGAUGGAAAGAUUAAAGA